CAAAUUUAAAUUAAAGUUUCGAAAAGUGAAUUAUCCACGUAGCUUGCGGUCAAAUCAAACAAAGUUGUGCAAAAUGAAGUGAAAACGUAAAAUAAUACAGUAAACGAAACAACGAAAUAUCGUUUAUGUGAAGACUGUAUCCAUGAAAUACAUGAUUCAACAUACAACGACGGACAACAACGGAAAAUUAUUAGGGCGGUAUUAAUAUCUUCACGAAAUAGAAUCAGGUUAAAGAUAAGGAUCCAUAUAAAGGGUGCCAGACAGAGGAGGCAGGAGCGAAGGAGCCACAGAGCACGCAGAGGAAGUUGUCAAAUCUCUCACAGCGUUAUGAUUGUGAUGGCUGACAAUGUGAUGUGGCACAAAGUUGGACACCGUCUAUGCAAAUCAAGCGCGCACCAUCGCCUACGUCUACAAUUGUUACCAUUGGAAGUCUCAACUUCCGUCCUCCGAGCCAGAGCCAGAGGUUAUGCAUUAAGCCCCCAAUGUUUUGGGGGCACGUCAACGAAGGCACAGCGACAGCAGGAGCAAAAACUGCAUCAGCAGAUCCGGCAGCGACAUGACAGCUUUGCCUGUGAAGUAGUGUUGUGAAAAAGAAACUAGAACCGAGACAGAAACCGAACUCUAGCAAGCGAGUGAACUCUCAAGCCAUCUCUCAAGGCUCCCUCCCUCUAAACACAAGUCUUAUUUUUAGUUCACCGACCGAUCUGCAUCAUCAUCACCACCAUGCCCAUGUCCAGCCACGAUACGGUUUUCGUGGAGCCCGCCGUCAGCAGCAGUGGUGGCGGCAGUACCAGCAGCAUAAAUCGUGUCGGAGUCGGGGUAGCUGGUGGCCCACAGCCCCCGCCCCCACACAUUGUAAUCGAUGGCAGUAGCCUGUCCACGCAGGCUCAACUACAACGCAUCAUGCAGCGUCGUAUGUCGAUUAGUACGCGCCAGAUCCUCAGCGCCAGCCAGUCCCAGUCGAUAAAUCCAACGCAAAAGUACGCGGUGCGUACAGCAACCGGAGCGGGAGCAUUAGCCGCGUCGGCUGCCACUUCGGGCAGCUCCGGACAGGAGCUGAUCAAUCCCCAGAUUUAUAAGAUUGUGACCACUGACGGUAGCACCAGCAAUGUCAUCAUUGACGCUUCUGCUGCUACUCCGCCGCACAACUCAAAACUUUUGCUUAGUAAUCUCACGGUGCUCUCAAAACAGGCACCAGUUCAAGGAGGAGCCGCCCAGCAGCAGCAGCUCAAUUACCUAGGAGCUAAGAGCCUGCCUUAUGUGACAGCAUCUCCAGCUAAGCCACAACAGCAAACCCAGAAGUUUGGGAGCAUCAGCGCCUUUAAAGCGCAACAGCAGCAGCCGCACCAUCCGCAUGCCACUCUGCAAAAAGUAACAUUGGGCUCCCGAGUGGCAACCCGCUUGCAGUCGUACGUCCCGGCAACACCGUCGCAGAUAAUGGUGCAGCCGGCGCAGCCGAAGUAUGUUAAUGCCACGACGACAGCGUUAGGUGGGAAUGCUGCUAUUCUAAAGAAAGCUAACCAAAAGAUCACGGUCAAGAGUGUGAGCAAUAUGUCGCAGCAACAACAGCAGCAACAGCAAUUACAGGCCCAGCAGCUUAAAACCUUCAUUACUCAGCAGCAGCAACAACAGCAGCAGCAAACUUACAAGGCGGGAACCAAGGGAAAGUUUGUAAAACAGACAACAGCCCUAUCCAUUGCUGCUUUACCCCAACAGCAGCCACAGCAGCAACAGGCGGCUACCUACGCCAAACAGCCAAUUGUCACCACUCCCACUCCUGCAAAGGUCACCAAACUGAACAACAAGUAUGUGCAACAGCAUAUUAGCCUGCCGCAGGGAACUCAACUGCAGCACAAAACGUCACCGAACGUCGCAGGUGGGGGAUAUCUACUGCAGCAAGCUCAGACCACGGGCGGAGGAACUAUUAAGUUUGUCAAUUCACAUGGAACCGUUAUCCAGCAGCAUCCUCAACAGCAGCAGGCAACCAAGCGCACACACUACAACAGUAGCGGCAGUAGCGACAAUGAACAGCAUGCUGUGGCCAACUCCUCACUCAUUACCGACGAUGUGAUGAUCGUCAAUGGCACACAGAUGACCGACGAACUGUCUGCCCGCAUCCUCCAGAGCAUGGCCCAGAAAUCGUUUAGUCAACAGCAGCAACGAUUUCAGCAGGUCCCCGGCACUGGCAGCAGCACCAUGCCUCCGCCCACUCAGAUUAUCUACAGUAAUAGCAGUAGCAACGGGCCAGCCACAAGCAGUCCAGGUGGGAAUCCCCCUGGAAAUAUGUUGCUUGCCCAUUACCAGGCGGCCGGCUCAAAGCCUGUAUCGUCGGCUUCGUUCCUUACGGUUACGGGUACGCCACCGGUUACGGUGGCCACCACGCCGUCGGUGAGCAUCUCAUCGCAUGGCUUUGCCAGCGGUAGUGCGGCCAUUUCCUCCUAUAUGUCGUCAGCGACGGCGGCCCGUCGUCAGUCUGUGAGUGCGCCAAGUAGCAGGGCGGUGUCCCUGGAACGGAAGCAGCAUCAACAACACCAGCAACUUCAGCACGAGCUGAUUGGUGGCGGUCGCAAGGCUCCAACGGUCAUAGAGUAUUACAACAAACACGGAGUGAAUAGCAUAAUCGGCAGCGGCAAUAGCCUGACUCAAAGUACCAGUAUGAGUAAUCUCGGAGCCCUAAAGAGCAACACUGGUAGCGGAUUUGCCACGACCACUCCAACGCCAGCGACAUCUCUGCACCUGACGCCGAUGAACGUUCCAGUCCACGUGGAGGCAGCACCACCGUCUUCACCAGCAUUGGUAAAGAGUGCGUCACAGGCGACGGCGCACCCACAACAACAGUCGCAUCCUUUGGUGCACAACCAGCUAAAUGCUAACGAUGAGGAGCUUUACAUCGAGGAGGUGCGCCCGGUACCGGUUCUUACGCAGGAUCUACGUCUACAACAGCUACACGCCAUCAUGCAGGAUCACACGUACGCCUCCCAGCAACAGCAGCAACAGUCUCAGCCGGCGCCUGGGGAUAACACAAUUCCUGCAGCAGCACAACAGACCCAGCAGCCACAGCAGUGGUCACUAGGUGGAAUUGGUGUUACGGUGGCCGGUGGUCAAGCCACGCCCACAUCGGCUGGUGGAUAUUGCAGCUACUUUGGUCAGCAAAUUGCUCGGCAUCAACUUGACGACGAUGCUCUUUCUGCCAUUAGCAGUAGUUCCCGAUUGGGACUAGCCAGCGCAGACAUUGAUCCCGGCGAGGAGACGGAAACGGCACCCGAAGCUGAGGCUGAGGACGACUCCGUGACGCGCUGCAUUUGUGAACUAACCCAUGACGAUGGGUACAUGAUCUGCUGCGACAAGUGCUCGGCAUGGCAACAUGUAGACUGCAUGGGCAUCGACCGUCAAAAUAUCCCGGAGGAGUACAUGUGUGAACUGUGUCAGCCGCGAGCGGUGGACAAAGUGAGAGCACGAGCAUUACAGCGGCAAAAGCGCAAGGAGCACAUGCUGCUGGUGGCCACGCAAGCGGCCAAUGGGGCUGCGGCUGUGGCGGCAGGAACUACGCUCAGCGGUGGACUUGGUAGUGGAUUGGCCAUGUCUGAGGAACUGCAGCAACGGCUGGCAUCUGGUAUAAAUGGCGGAUUCGCCACAGGCACCGGUAUGUCCAAAAAGUCCAAGAAAACCAAAGAGAAUGCGGGCAGUACCUCCGCCUUAAAGAAAUCCAAGAAGAGCGGUGUUGGCAUUAGUGGCGAGAGGACUGGCAGUGGAAGUGGCACUCCCUCUGGCAGUGGCGGAAAGUCCAGCAAGAAGAGUAGCAAACGUAAGAGUAAGUCCAGCGGAGAUGGCACAUGCGGCGGUGGCAACAGUCCAGCACUGACGGCCGCCGAAAAGCAUGCGGCCAACUUGCGACAAUGGAUUGAGAACUACGAGUAUGCAGUGACCAACCACUAUUCGCCGGAACUUCGGGCACGUCUCCACGCAAUUCAGAAACAACCUAGUUUGUUGCAAAGCAUACAAAACACUGAGAACAAGGCGUUGAGGCAGAUUCAGCAGCAACUCUCGACUGCUGGCAGCAGUGAACAGCUUGAGCAACGGGCACAGCUUAUCCCCUAUGCCGGUGCCAAGAUCCUUAUCAGCAGCAUAGAGUUGGCUCCCCAUGCCCCCAUCCACGAAUUACGCGGCAAAUAUAUGCUUACCACCCAAUUCCGCACCCAGAAUCCCACCGUUAACAUGAACACACCGCCUCCCAGCAACUACCUGAACAGCUUCAAGGCGCACAAAACGCCCGGUCAAUUCGUAUUCUUUUACCAACUGCCUGGGGUGGAGGCGCCCAUGCAGACCUUGCGACCGGAUGGAAGUGUGCCACAAGUGACGCAGCAACCACCUUCUUAUCUGAAAGGUCCGGAGGUGUGUGUGGAUACCAGGACAUAUGGAAACGAUGCACGAUUCGUACGCCGCUCUUGCAGGCCGAAUGCUGAGUUGCAACACUACUUUGAGAAGGGAACUCUGCACUUGUAUAUAGUAGCAUUGACACACAUUCGUGCCCAGACGGAGAUCACAGUACGCCAUGAGCCGCACGAUCUGGCUGCGGUGGAGCAAAAGAAGUCGCAUGCUUCCGUCAUCCAACCAACGAGUACCCGUUGUGCUUGCGACUUGGGUAGUGAUUGCCUCUUUGCCUUACCUUUGGCCGUGCAGCAACAGCUCCAGGCUCCGCCAGCUCAACCUAGAAGCAGUCAUCGGAAUAAGGCGGCAGCAGCAGCGGCAGCGGUAGCUGCGGCUAACAGUGCGGCAGCCAUACAGCUAACUAUGGGAUUGGGAAUAGGAGCGGCUGGAGUGGGUAUUUUACCCAAUUCUAGGAAUCGGUCGACUUCGUCUAGCGGUGAGAGCAGUCAAAUGGGUCUAAAUAGUCCACAGCUUGGACAGUUAAAUCUUGGAUUUAAACCCUCUCCAACGGUUGCAUCGCUGACAGCGCCAGUGCCCGGUGUACAUUGCAAUAAUAGCGGCGGAAGUAGCAGCAGCAGCAAUAACUCCUGCUCGGUGUCUAUGUCUAGUGUGCUGCAUGACUCUGGAAUUUGCACCUCGUCCUCGUCGCCGUCGGUGUCCAUUCCCUCUCCGACACCAGCCCAACUACAAUCGCCGACUUUACAGCAGCAUCCGCACCAGAUACCCCAGCAACAGUUGUCCCUUUUGCAGCGUAGUCCGACGCAACAGCAUCAGCAACAAAUCCUUGCUGCGUUGCCAACGCCUAUGCUCACGCCAUUGCUUUCACCUCAUUUGGCAAAGCCAGCACAGCAGCCGACUCAACAACAGCCACAUGUUGUUUUGCCGAUUUCUCAGCAAUCUUCUUUGCUGCAGCCGCAGCAGCAGCCACAGCAAGGUCAGGAGCCAUUGGCUGUUAUUGCAGCUGCUGCAGCAACACAGCAGCCUAUGACCACCUAUUUUGUUCGACAAUCACCGCAGCAAUCGCAAUCGCAGCAAUUGCAAUCGCCGAAGUCGCAGGUUGUUGUGUCACAGCAUCAACAUGUGAUAGGUUCUCAACAGCAGCAACACUUCGUGCAGCAACAACAGAAACAACAACAGCAACAGCAGCAGCAGCAAAUGGCUGAGGAGGCUAGAAUGGCAGUAAGUGCUUUGCAAACUUUGCAUGCCACCCCUACUGCGCAUAUAGUUACGCCAAUAAAAGUGGCAACUGUGCAACAGCAACCGCAACCCCAAUCGCAACAGCAACAACCACAGCAGAAGCAACCAGCACAACAACAACCAAAUCAGCAACAACAAUCGCAGCUUCCGAAUCCACCACAGUCGCCACAACGUCAGCAAAAAUCUCAGCCUUUGCAACAGCAGCCGCAGAUAAUAUAUUCAACCGGAGGCCAGGCAGUCACGACAACAACGACCACCAAAGUGAAUUCACCCACAAAGAGUGUGGCCCCUACCGUUAGCAACAAUAACGUGGGUGUUAUUGCCCAAUCCUCGGUGGUCGGCGGAAAGAAAACACCUGCCAAGAAUCACCAACAACAGCAUCAGCAACAGCUAUCAACACCGGCUUCUGCCGCUUCAGUUUCAGCAGCAACACCAUCAUCCGCUGAAUCUAAAGAUGAUGAUGUGUCGUCCAGUGCAACAACAACACCCACAACACGUACGCCUGCCAAGGAUAAACCAAAGCAGUCGCGUGAGGAUCGCAAGCUAGAGGCCAUCUUGCGAGCGAUUGAGAAAAUGGAGAAGCAGGAAGCACGUGGUAAGAAGGACACACGACAGAGCAGCGGUGGCAAGCGGCAGGCGAGCAACUCACCUGCCUCGCCUAAUAAACGUGCUAGUUCCAACUCCAUCAGUGAGGAUGUCGACACGCCAACUAGCACCAAUGCAGCGGCGUCUUCUGCUCAGCGUCGGAAUAAGAAGAAGCGUAAGGUUAGUCGAAGCUUAAACAACACCAAUGGCUUAGGUUCCGGGGGCAGCAACAAUAAACGGAGGAAGAGCAUUCUGGUGGAAUCAGAUGGCGAGUCUCAUGCAUUGACUAACUCUGAAUCGGAGGAUCAAGUGCAGCAUCCAACUCCGCAACGCAGUGGAUCCGAGGAUCAGGCGGCCGGUCUACUUCUGGCUUUAGCCCACAACAACUCUUCCCCUAAUGAACCAUUUAAAUCGCCUUCAUCCCAAACGCAUUCCCUGCCAGCAACUCCAGCUUCUGUGAGCAGUGCAUGCUUGCUAAUCGAGGCUGCUAUGGGACCUCUGGAACAGCAACCGACACCGGCAUCAGCAUCGCCAUCCCUGGGGGAAUUCAAAUACCCUCCCGGUGGCGCCAAGACAAAGAAGACGCUCAUGUCCAGCUGGUUCCAGCAGGCGGAACAGCAGCACGCCUCCGGAUUGGACAGUCUUGUGCAGGCGGCUAUGAGUGAAAUCAAUGGCGAGCGUGAGCAACUUCAAGGUCAAACUUCACCAGCGCCAGCUCUACUUAAAGUGGAACAAUUUAUCCAUCAGGCAGAGUCGACAACUUCAGUCGCUACUCGAGAGCAACUUCAUCUGCCCCUGCAAAACAAUUCAUCAGUAAAGAAGCGCUGGUUGCGACAGGCCAUCAGCGAAGAGACCACUCCAGUUGAAGAACUUCAGCAAAAUCAAUCUGCAGCAGCCACGCCUUCUCCUCAAGCGGUACCAACUGUCUCGCCACUGGCUAACGGAUUUAGUACGCCCCUGAAGAAACGUCGUCUGGUGGUGGUUAGCAACGGUUCGAAUGUGGAAGCUGAUGAGCCGCAUAUCGAUGUUAUCGGCGAGCCAAAGGAGGAAGUUGAAGAUAAUGUGACGAUGCCAGCUUUAAAGGUGGAAACUGAUCAUCAGCAAGAGCAGGAGGACGACGUAGAUAUCCUGCGUUCGCCAAGCCCAGGAACCCAUCAAAUCGUCGCAGAAGAUAAUCUGGUUAAGAUCGAACCUGAGGAUACGAGUGGUGCUGCCGAUGAUGUUAAAAUCGAUGUUGAGCGAGAGGAGAGCCAGGCGUGCGAUAAAUUCGAGGAAAUGGUUAAAGUGAAACGCGAGGAGGAAGAGCAACGAGAGCAGCAAAACCAGCAACUGCGAGACCAGCAGGAACAACACCAACCUAAAGUUGAACCGACGCCCUCCCUAGUGGAACCAAAAGUGGAAAAUACCGUAGUUAAAGCAGACCCCAAGGUGGAGGUAACUCAAGAGCUAAUGCCUCCUAAAAAGGAGACUGAAAAAGUGGAACCCAAGCCGGGAGAAUCUCUGCUGCGCUCGACAGCUACUGCUGCUACUGUAAAUGCAACGGCUGUAGCUGCAGCAACUCUGCUAGAUGUGGGAAAAGUGGCAACCAAGACUCGUCCAGCAACUGUUAAGAUGGAAGAUGAGCCGCAAAAGAAAAAACCUAAACUGGAGGCAGUUCUGCCAGUGGCAGCAGUAGCAGCGCCCUCACAUUUAGGACCUUCGAUACCACCACAAUCAAAUACAACAUUAUCGACAACAAACACAGCUGCAGCAGCAAUAACAACCACCCCAACGGCUCCUUCCAGUACCAAAAACCUCACCGAACAUGAUAUUCAGGAACGUUUGCUGUCCUUCCAUGCAGCCAACAUUUCUUAUCUUCAGUCCAGGAAUAAAAAGGUCACAGCAGUCUCCGCAUCCGCCUCCUCCAGUCAAAAGAGCAAUAGCAGCAGUGGUGGUAGUGGCGCAGAGUCGAAAAAAUCUUCAAAGGAUAAGGAUGAGAAACGCAAUAAGGACAAGCAGCUUAAAAAGUCAAAGAAGGACAAGAAGAAGUCCAAGGAGAAGGAUAAGCAAAAGGCGGCAGCUAAUCCCACUGUACAAAUCGUUGAGAAGAAAAAGACGUCGCAGGCAACGAAAUUAGACAGCAAAUCUUUGACAGCACCGAUCCUUAUGCCACCUAGUCUGCCAGCUGCUACAGCAAAUGGGAAAACGAAGCACAUGAUGCAAAACAAUGUCGAUCAACAACAGCAACAGCAGCAGCAGCAAAUGAGGCGACGAACCAUGUCUAUGUGUAUCACACCAGUGACUCCCACUCCAGUCGCCAUUGCCUCUCCCCUGCUGGGUACGCCGCCCACAACUAAAAAGCGGCAGACCAACUUCGAACAGGAGCUAACCAAGCCAAACAGUCAGAUCCUUAGUAGCAGCAUCCUUCUAAAUAGCAGCAAAGGACUUGCACUGCCCCAAGCCACGCCUACUGUGGUUGGCAUACCCACGGCUGUUCAACAGCAGCAGCAUCGCAAAGAGAACAACCACCAGGAGGUGUCUCCAGCAACUGGAGGCGGUAUGAGCCUGGCGGCUGCAAUUGCUAGCGGAAAACUGACUGCUAUUAGUAGACGUAGAGAGUCCAUGUGUGGGAGUCGGCAGCAGGCGCUCAUUGCUGCUGCCUUGAAGAAGGAAAAGAAGGAGAAAAAGAAAAGCAAGAAAAAGGAUAGGGAGAAGCAAAAACACGAGAAGCAGAAGGUUAAGGACAAGGAAAGGGAUAAGGAUAAAGAUAAGGACAACAAGCAAAAAACAAACCACAUACAAAAGCCAGCACUUCUAGCGCCAGUCACUCCUAAUCCAUCUCUAACACCAAUACCUGCGCCUAUGGUGACACCAAAGGCUGCUCCUAUCCCAGUAUUGAUAACGCAGCCCACGCCGACUGCAAUCCAUGCUCCUCAACCAGUCGUAAACAACAAUUGCUCCGCAAAGGUUGCGCCGCUUCCCUUUUACAACACAAUCUAUGGCAAGUUGCAGGAUCCUCCGGCACCGACCAGCAGCCCCAGUCCCUCGACCAACACAAUGCCAAGCCUGGCCGAAUAUCUCGAGUCUACCAAAACCAAGACAGCACCAAUAUUGGCAUCCAAACCACCUUGUGUCGCAGCAGUUACACCUGUUAGCGGUACUCUAGGUGCAGCUACAGUUGCAACAGCGUCUCUGGAAAUGCCGCCUCCUUCAACCACAUUAAAGUUGUAUACACGAACCGCUAGCCAUGAUCCACGGUUGAAUCCAAUGCUUACGGUCCCAGAUCCUACACCCAUGCCGAAGCGAAAGCUCUCCAUCAGCGAGUACCGGAUGCGCCAUCGCCCAUCAGUAGACACGGCUCCGACCACGCCUACAACACCCACAACUCCAACUACUCCUACAACACCGACGAGCACCAAUAAGGAUCGCUGCUUUGUCAAGCCACAGACCAUUAACAAGUGCUCAUUGCAGUCGCCGGAACGCUUUCAGGCGGCUAUUCGGGAAAGGCGAAACUCCAUCAGUGCUCAUCACCACCCGCAGCAAAACGUUAACCUCAAUCUCAAUAACAAUAAAAGCGGCAGGGGCGACAAGAUCGGAAGCAGCAAUCAUGUGCAACAGGCAUUGGGCGUUAGUGGUGGAAGGUUGACCACCAAGAAUGCAAUAAUAGAUCCGGCAGCCACAACCUUAAGCACGGUGAACAGCAUCCUAAGCGCGGCUCAAAAGCUGCACAUGUUUGACGACAAGCCUAAGGGUGGCCACUUUAAUGCUGCACCCACACUACUUGAACAGCAGCAAGAGAAGAUGAGCGAGCGAUCGCGGUGCUUGCAACGAACUAUUUCCUGUGACUCGCGGGUUAUCGAGCGUUUGGGCACAGGCGCUGCUGCUAGUGCCUUGGAGAAGGUGACCUCGGCGGUAAGCAGGCGUGAUGGUCUGUGAAAUGUAAACCAAAUUACAAACUACAGAAGAGAGUAAAUCAGUUAUUGAAGGAAAAACAAAAAACAUAAAAAAAAGACCGCUAAACUACAGAUGGAUUCCAAUUUUCUAAUGAGAAAAAAGCUUUCUUACAACAAACAACAACAAGUUUCCAUUUCAUUGAUUUUAAAUACUAAAUUGUAAAAAAAAAAAAUUACAAAGCGCAUAUAGUAUGAGCUGCAUACCUGUGUGUAAAGUCGAUUGAGAUCAGGCGAUGAGACAAGCAAAUUCAUUGCUAUCCAUGGAUGUAUAUUACAAAACAAAAAACAUUUUGCGUAGCAAAGGAAUUUGGGAAAUCUGUUAUAGAAAGAUGAACUACGUUAUGCUAAAUUACUUAGUUAUUGAAUAGUAUCGUUUUGUCACAGCAAACAAGCCGCUUAAAUUACUUAGAAACAAAAAACCUACAAUAAUAUGCACAUGUAUAUGCUAAACACCUAUAAAUAGAGUCUAUGUAGUGCCGGUAUAAGCAUAAACUUACAUAGCACAUAGAAAGAAUACUGAUUAUUCAGCCAAAAUUGAAGUUAAAACCAAUGUUAGAAACCACUCUUGGCUCAUUUUGUAAUUGAAAAUGUAUUUUUAGUUUUUAAGUUUAUUCAAUCAAGAGGAGUUUUGUUAUAACAAUUAAUUGCAUUGAAGCCGAAUGUAGAUGCGGGUGAUGUCUAUCUCCACAUAAUAUAAUUUGUGUCACUUUGGUUUAAACUUUUGAAUUAAUUGUAAUUGUAGAAAUAAAACAAAAAAUAUACUAAACUCAGUAAACUAAAAUAUUUACCCAGAUUAGCCAGAUUUAAAAAAAAAAAACAAUCAAGCAAUAUUAAAACCCCCUUAACUGGAACAGAUCUUGGCAAAUAAUACUAAAAUAAGAACGUUAGAAAGACCAAGAACACAGAAUGCGGGACUAAAAAAAUUGUAAAUAAUAUUUUUAAACAACCAGAAGCAACCAAAAGAAGGAAAUGAUAAAUACUUGUUAUCUUAUUAUGCAAGUAAUGUAAGUUAAAAAGAGUACAAAGCGAGGGUUAAUCGAUUGAAAUUAAGCUAAACGAAACGUGUUAAAAGUGUAAAUAGAGGCAGCAACAAUAAGUUUUCAAAGCCAUUUUCGGAAUUAGGCUUAAUUUUUUUUCUUCUAUUUUCCGAAUUUUGUCCAAAGUAAAAUCUUCACAAAUCUUCUUUCUUUAAUAAAACAAACACUACUUUUAUAGCUUGUCAUUAGGUUUAGAAGAUUUUAAUUUGAUCAAUGCUUACCGAGGGAUGUGUCUGAAACUGAAAACGUAGUUAAGUCAGAUUAAAUUUUAAAGAUUUAAUUUCUGUUACAGUUUUCAAUGCAUUCUUUGUUGUAGCAUUUUUCAAUUUUCACUGUGAAAUAAUCCUAAUUUAUUUACUUCCUAAUAUGCACACAAAAUAAAAUUGGAUUAUCGUCUUAAGAUCAUAAAAAAAAGGAUAAAAACAGAAAGUUAUUUGACCCUGUGAAAAAUUAAUUACCACAAUCAAUUGAGAUGGAGUUGGUUAUUGAUAUAAACGAGACACAAAAAUUCAUAUAAGUUAUAAAGGGAUUUACAAAACUGAUUUUAAGGGAAAUGUGGGAAAAUAGUAUAUAUAUAUAUAUAUAUAUAGCUGUGUAAAUAUGAAAUUUUAUUGUAUACAUUAACCAGUUAGGCGAAAGCUAAGCGCUUUUUAGGUUAAAUUGAAAGUUUUAUUUGUGUAAAUAUGCCACAAUAUAAAUUAAAUGGAAUAAGUGUAAUAUAUUUAAAUGAAGUGUGUACUAAGCCGAUUUUAUGAAACAUAUGUUGUUAAUUUUUUUUAGCGCUUGACAAAACAAACAAGACCUACGCUAAACCUAUUUAUAGUUAUCUAAAAAAAAAAACAAAACAAAAAUAGGGAUGAAAAGUUUGUAGUUUUCGUAAUACAGUUUUUGACAGUUCUAGCAUAAAACAUAAACAAAAUUAUUUAUAACUUAUUUGAAAGAAAAUACCUACUCGUAAUAAUUUUUACUCUACACUUAGAUUCUUUGUAAGUACGAAUUUGGAUUAUAAGUCUAAGCAUAAAGGUUUUAAUCAUAAGUCAACCUUGGUUUAACUGAUGUAAAUUAAAUACGUUAAUUGUUUACUAAACACAAACACAAGCAUGCCUAAAGAAGUUGGCAAACAAAGCUUCGUCUGUAAAAUACAUUACAAAUGAAUUUAUAAGAUUCUUUAACAAUAAACAAAAAACCGAAAAACACAAAUAAAACGAAAAUAAA